AUGGCUUCAAAAAAUAUUUCAGAUACCAUCUCAAAGAGACCUCACCAACCACAAGAUCCGCUCACUCGAGGACAAAAAGUCAAGCGAUGGUUUCGAAAGUAUUUUUUGGAAGGUAAAUCCGCUGAACUGCACAAACUGCCAGAAAAUCCGACUUGGGAGGAUCUGAUUUUCAUAAAGUACAGAAAAUUCGUAGCCAUGCUCAUUCCGUUCGUUUUGAUGCAGACCAUUUGGUGGAUGAUUGCCAUCCGACAUGAUUUCUUCCGAUGGUAUCCAGAAUAUUGGCCAAUGCCGGUAACAAUGAUCCUGGGCUCAUUCGUUGGAGGAAUAACGUCAGAAGGAAGUGGAGCUGUAGCGUUUCCCGUCAUGACAUUGGCCCUUCAUAUUGCACCAUCGAUAGCUCGGGACUUCUCCCUGAUGAUCCAGUCGUGCGGGAUGACGUCAGCGUUGAUGUGUGUGAUGUUUAUGAAGGUGAAAAUAGAAAAUCGUGCUGUUAUACUCGGGACGCUUGGAGGGAUCCCCGGUUUUAUAAUCGGAGUCCAUUUCGUUGAUCCGUAUCUCACUGGCCCACAGAAGAAGAUGUUGUUUGUGUCUAUUUGGACGGCUUUCGCUAUCGCUCUGGCUACCCUCAAUUGUCAAAAGAAACGUACCACGUACAAAGAUAUUCCUGAUUUCUGCUGGUGGAAAGCUGUAGUGCUGUUUUUCACGGGAUUCGUUGGAGGUGUGUUCGAUUCGUUUGCCGGCUCGGGUGUGGACAUUUGUAUUUUCUCGAUUGCUACGCUGCUUUUCCGUGUUACCGAAAAGACAGUAACACCAACUACCGUCGUACUCAAAGGAAUAAAUGCAGUUUUCGGGUUCUUCUAUCGAGCUGCCAUGAUGGGUGACGUUUCCGAUAUGGCGUGGAAGUGUUUCGCCCUCUCGGUACCCGUCUCGUCCAUCGUGGGUCCAGUGGGCAGCUUUGCUGGCUCUCAUCUUCACAGACAAGUUACCGCAUUCUUUGUGUACGUUCUGGAACUGGUCGCCCUGAUCGGCUUUCUGCUCACGAAGCCUGCAUGGCAAUUGAUUGCCAUAGGAGGUGGAAUCAUCUUGGGUGGAGUUGUGUUCUUUUCAAUUAUCUCGAAAACCGGUCAGAGAAUUAUGGAGAAUGUCGAAGAGAAGAAGUUGAUUGGGCAGCAGCGACAAGCAGGGGAGGUCUGA